AUGAUAUCUCCUACGGAAGGACUAGGCUCGACAGCCUCCAGACCUCUAAGAUGGGGAGGCAGGGACGAUACCUGGAAAGAAAACCUUUGAAACUCACCAGGGCGGGGCAGAACCGUACUGGAGGAGUUCCCUGGGAGGAGUACGGAACAGUAGCACUGAGUCAGAAAUGGGAAGCCUGAGCUCCAGCUGUGCUUUUGAUCAGAAAGGACCCUUUCUGCCACCCCACCCCACCCCGUCUGUCCCCUCGGCUGCGUGUCUCCGCUUUGGUGUCCUGUCCCAUUCCACCUUCUUCCUCUUCCCCUCUCCUUUCAACCACUCUCUUGCACCUUAAAAAAAUAAAAGUGCAAUCUGAUUUCCGUCUUGAGAAAGAUGUCAUUCUAACGUUGUGUAAAAAAAAAAAAAAAGCCUGCAGCCGCCAAGUCUCUCCCAUAGUCCCAUAUUGCUCUUUCUGUGUGUCACUGUGUUCCUGUCUCACUGUCUGCCUCAAGGGCUCUCUACCUGCCUCAUGUCAACCUCUGCCUGUGUCUGUCUACACAGGAAGAGCCACAUGACUGAAGGAUGGCUAUUCCAUGAUGCCUGACCUGGACUGAGGCUUCCCCUGUCCAACCAGUGUUCUGCUUCCCACAGAUAAGUUGCAAGUCCAAGUCAAGUGGCAUCAACCUCACCUUCAUUUCCUUGCUCCUGAAGCAGGAGGCCUGGACAGGAUGGCUGGCUGGUUCCGACAGAUCCUGCGUAAGCCCAAGAAACGCCGUUUGCAGCCAGACCCCAACACCAAGGAUGUCCUGGAGCUACCCUCCCAAAGCAGUUCUCUGCCUGAAACUGAGGAAUCCACCAAGGUUCCCACCCCAAACCCAGCAGACUCAGAGAGCACGAGCAGCAGCUCUCGUUGGAGUAAAACUUAUGACGUGUGUGUGUGCCACAGUGAGCAAGACCUGAUACCUGUCCAGGAAUUGGUUUCCUAUCUGGAAGGUGAGCCCGAUGGACUUCGAUGCUUCCUGCAGCUUCGGGACGCAGCCCCAGGGGGUGCCAUCAUGUCCGAACUGUGCCAGGCAAUGGGCAACAGCCAUUGCCGUGUACUGUUUAUCACCCCCCAUUUCCUUCAGGACCCCUGGUGCAAGUAUCAAAUGUUACAAGCACUAAGUGAGGCCCCUGGGUCUGAGGGCCACACCAUACCCCUGGUGUCUGGCCUGGCCCGAAGAGAUUACCCCCCUGAGCUCCGAUUCAUGUUCUACGUGGAUGGCAAUGGCCUUGACAAUGGAUUUGGGAAGGUCAAGAACACAGUCUGGCGUUAUCUGCAAAAAUUUAGCUGAAAUGUAUACCUCCUCACCUUGGAGCCCAGGAUGUUGGAGCAAGACUGGACUUGAAGCUAGAGGGGACACUGAAGGUCUCCAGAAAGCUUUGCUGGAGAUCCAGACAAGUGCUAUAAGGAUUCAUGGCCUCAACAACGUUUCUGUUCUGCCUCUGAGAUAGCCGAUAGCUGGCUUCUCCAGUACUUGGGGUUUUCCUUCCCAAGAACUCAACUCUGGCCAUGGGAGAAUUUGGGAUCCGAGAAAUUCAGGUUGCUGCUAACGUCACUCCCUUAGAGUAUUUCUUAGGCAGAAUGAAUGUGUUGUUUUGUUUUCUAUCCAAAAGGGAGUCUUGCCUCUGUAAUUUUGCAUGAAGCCUAUCAGGUGCCUGUGUGUUCCUCCUUCUCGUGCAUAGACACAUUUUUGUAACACUGUGUCUAGUUCAGGGAGAGAGCUACUGAUCUGCUCCACUGGGCAGAGUUACUGAACCCACUAAUGGCCUCUGUGUAAACUAAGGAAUUCUAGCUCAAUUGGAGGAAUGUAACUGGUGCCAACUCCCCGUAUGCAGCUCUUCUCUUUCCUCUACCUUCUCCAACCCAUCUUCAUAAAGCUCUUUAAAUAGAA